AGAUAUACAAUGGAGAAAGAAAUUGAUAAGAAAUUGGAAAGUUUACGUAAAUAUAUACCAUUUGUUGACUACGUUAUCCACGUGGAUAGGGAGAAGUAUAAAAAAUUCUUAGAUAUUAAGAGUUGGAUCAUCAAUAAGAAAAGAAUCCCAAUAAGUGAUCUUAUGAAGAUUGAGCAAUCGUUCAUAGCUCAGUAUAAAAAUCUAUUUCUAAAAGACUUGAAAGUGCCGGAGGAUAUUAGAAAAAUAUUUGCAGGAAGAGUUGACCAUCAAUACAUGAAUCUUUGUUCGGAUGACGAGAAUGAAGAAACCAGUUCGCCUCAACAAAUAACAAAAAGUAGAAGCGAUGAUGAGUUGGAAAACGUUGAUAUAUUAUUUUCAACUUCGUCUAAGCCUCAGGAAAAUACAGUGGAAAUAGAGCAAGAUACAGAGACAACAGGAAUCGAUUUAAAGGAAGCAUUAACAGAUACAAACAACAGUAGAAGAGAGAAGCUGUUUACAAGACGUUUGGAUAUUUCAAGCGAAAAAGUAGAAAAAUAUGCCGUAAAGCAUAAAGUUAUGAGGAACAAAAAAAAAUCGCUCUCCGUUACGGAAACUAUAUCAUUGGAUUCAUCUACUAGUGAUGAUGAUUCUGUUCCAGUUAUAAGUAGUGGAAAGAGAAGAGAACCAAAACCUGCCAAGUGUGAAAACAUUAGCACGACCAAAGAUAAGUUGCUAAGUAAACAAGGUUCUGCGGUACCAAAUAAUACUCAAAAAGAACAUCAAGAAGACAUCCUUAUAUCAGCAAAUAUAAAAUAUGGCAAUAAUAAAACUUCUGAAAAUAUUUCAGAUGCGAUAAAUAGACUUGCUGACAAAAAUGAAGUCAAUAAUAAUCAAAGCACAAGUAACAACAGUCUCUCACAAUUGCCUAGUGAUCUUGAAAGUUUGAGCAUGGAGGAAUUAACACUUUUAUUUAAGUCCUUAAAUCAAGGCCAUCAAUUAGAAAAAUUUCUGUCGCAUCUGUUGGAAAACUGUCAAAAUCAGGAGACAUUCGAAGACAUUAAUGGCGAAAAAGUACAUCGUACAAAUGUUAGCAAUAAUGAAAGGCUCUUGGCGAACGUGCCAAUGCCUGUGGCAGCCGCAGGAAAUACAGGCUUUUCAAACGCUCAUUUGCAAGAACAUCGAUUUUUCAAUAGGGCGUCAAUAACACUACCACCGCCACCAACGCAACUAAAUCCCACUGCAUUUCAUCAAUUUCCGAUACAAUGUGUAGCAGGCGACACAUACCCAGGCAACGUUCCACAUGGCAAUCAGCCCACUACAACCACUAACGUUCACCACCGUCCCACUUACCCUCCCAAUCUUAGUCAACGUGCUGACAUUGACAUUCCGAGUCCUAGUUAUCCAAUGCGCCGGAAAUUAAACAUGAAUGAUCCACGUAUAUUAAAACAUUUACAAAGAAUUCAGAAUUCCCCGUUCGCUUCUAAUACUCUGCGCGAUAAGGCUACAAACUUACAAAGAAGUAUACCUCUGUUUCAGUUUCCAACUGAUCAAACCGAAAACGCUGCAUCUAAUUGGCGUGUAAAUUAUGCGUCUUCAACACAUCAAUUAGUAGCACAUGACAAAGAGCGACAGAGAACUUUAGUUAGCAAUUUCAUGUUAAAGCGUUCGAAUCCAAACGUUUCGAAAACGUACCUAGAGCACAAACGCAGAAAAGCUGAAGAAGAAAGAAAAAACAGAAAUCGACUAAAUGAAGAAAAGCAACAAAGUGGAGCAGAAAAACAAGAAAAAGAGGCAGUUCCAGCUGCUCAGCAAAUUGAAAACAGCGAAUUAAGGAACCAAAAAGACCAAAUCUUGUCAAUACUUCACACACACCUUAUAGGCCGUGAAGGCGAAGUGCAGACGUUAUGGAGUGAGUAUAAAAGAAAUUCUGAAUCAACAAAGAAUGUGGCUGAUCAAGCAAUAUGCGAGUCUCAAACAUCGUUAGGCAAUUCAAGUGAAACAAGUAGUUCACUUACCAAUAAAAUUUCCCAUUUCCCAGAGUUGGCAAAAGUAAACAAUGAAACAACUCAAUCUCCUGAGUCAUUAACUACCAUACCGGCGAAUGAAGAAAAGCAAUUCCCGAGCCUGAUAACUGCUACCAAAACGAACAAUGAAACCAAGCAGUCUUCCAAUUGCGCAACUAUCGUUAAGAUUAAAAAUAAAACCAAGCAGCGUUCCCAUUCCAAAAGUAUUGCAGAGGCAAACAAUGAUAAAAUUAAUAAGGUUUAUAAAACAUUACAAUGUACAAUAAAUGGUUACAAUCAGUUUGAGGAUUAUAUACCAAAAUCAUUGAACGGUAAAAGAAGGUCAAGCACGCACGCUCGCGACUUUAUCUCAAAACAAUUGAAUGAUGGUGAGUCGUUGAUGGAUUGCGAAACAAACGCAAAUAGUAAAAAUAACCGGCAGCGUGAAUCCAACGUUAAGAGGACUCGUUCUUUGCGAAUUGAAGAUUCUAGCGACUCAGGCGUAGAUAGCAUCCCUCCAGAAAAAGCAAACUUAAAAUACAAACAUAUUAUCGGGAGGCGCCAACUGGUUGUUAAAUUGCAGCGUCUGGAGAAAGAACAAUGUUUCAAAAACCAACAUCCUUUUCAAGAGCUAUCUAAAUUAAAUCGGAUAGACAUCGCGUCUGAUGAACAGAACACAUUAAAUGUACAAUUGAUCGAGGCACGACGCACACCCGUGAAAAUAGACCAAAAUAAAGAGAUUACCGCAAAGAUUAACAAAUACUACAGACAUAAUAACGACUGUCAAAUGACUGAACUAAACACGCGUUUUUGUGUUCUUUGCACAGCCAAACCAGCUGAUUUAACAAACCAUUAUAUACGGAAGCACAAAACCGAAUCAUACGUGUCCCGUCUGACGUGGACUCAGUUAGAUGACUUAGCCGUACAAACGAAUUUUGCAGAACUUCAAGGGUCUGGAAAUCAACGUUUGGCUCGUUUCAAAGUGACCUGCCCUUUUUGUGAAGAUAUUUUAAUUCAACCGUUUAUGACUCUAUAUGACCAUUAUUCCAAGCACACUGGGGAAUAUGCCUACAUGUGCACCCAUUGUUCAUUCACCAAACCGUUUCGAGCCGACAUUUUGUCCCAUCAACAGAACUCAAAGAACUGUCGUAGAGCAACCGUAAAGACAAUGUAUCGGUACCCACCAAACACAAUGGUGAUUUACUUGUAUUACUGUUCAAUUUGUAAUUAUGUACAACUGAAUAAAGCCAAUGUGCUGAAACAUCUACGAGAACAGCAUAGCCCACGCGAAGCGAUUGAAAGCAAUAUUAAUAACUGCAUUUUAGCAGCCAUACAAAUAGCAACACCUAUGCAGGCUUAUGAAAGUUCUUCAAACUUAACAAACAUGAAAUUAAGAUCAAAUGCACAGAAUAUUCAUGAUGGACCGCGGGAAAACUCAAACAGCUUAGAAGAAAUAGCAGACAAGGCGGACGAAGGCAUUGCUGUAUGCAAUGAGCCAUGUGCUGAGGAGACUGAAAUGGUAGAUGACAUAAGACAAUUGAAGUUUUUUCAAAAUCAAGUGGCACAGGAUCCGGUUUCAAUUACUGAAAUUCACUGCCCUAUAAAUGCGAAUGGAUCAAUUGCGGGAAUGUCAAAUACUUUAGUGGGACAACAGCCAGAGCAUAUUUUAAAGCAUUUGAAAUGCGAAGAGAUGGACGUUUUUGAGAUGGAUAUGACACCACUAACGCAAUUUUCUGAAUCUGUAAGACAUCCGGAAUCUGCACUCAUAUUGAAUGAAUCUCCGCUUACAUACCGUUCCUUUCCCGCAAGUGUUACUUACUUCGGUUUGUACAACUGUAUUGCCGAGGAUUGUUACUUUUCGACUAACUAUGCUGAUGAAAUGGUUUCUCAUCUGGAAGAUCAUGCUAAUAGCGAAUGUCCUCCACUUGAAUAUAUUCAAUGUGCCUAUUGCGUUUUACGUUUGGGCGAAUGUAAUACAGCGCAAGAGUUGAUCAAGCACAUUCAACUCCAACAUGAAUAUAAUAUUUAUCAAUGCUCUCUGUAUUCUUAUCGAAGCUGUGAUGCUUCAAAUGUUUCUAUUCAUCAGCACUUAAUGCAUCCAUAUACACCAAAAGAUUGCUGCAUAUAUAUGUGCGCUAACCAAGCAAUUACAGUUGAGCAAAAAAAAUCGUAUUUGACAACAAUGAAAGACAAAAACGUACAAAAAAUUGCAUGUCCUUAUUGUUCAGCCGAGUUCUUCGCAACAUAUCAUUUACAGAAGCACAUGGAACUUGUGCAUAAAAUGACUAGCUUCAAUUUGGACCUCUUGAAGUCUUAUUCUUGCAUUUAUUGUCCAACAAGUGACCGAGAUCAAGAGAGUAUUAGAAUCCAUUUAGCGGUCCAACAUCCCGGGGAACUCCCUUUCAUAUGCGAUCACAAAAUAGCCGAAAACGCCAAGAUGGAUUGCCUGCAAUCCUUGAAGCUAGUGAACAUGGCUGACGCAGUACCUCCACAUUUACUGAAAGAUGUGAGCGGUUACAAAAGUACUGAUAACGCUUUAAAGCGAAGGGAGGUGUCACAACCGGACAUUAAACCAGAUAUAAUGGUUUUGAAUGAAGAAACUGCUAAAGUACGGUUACGUAAAUUGACGGAAUCCACGGGAGUUCCGCCAGAAAAUUUGUUUCGUUGCCCCGAAUCAACAUGUGGUGGAUUCUUUUCUUUAUAUGAAUUAUGGUUACGUCAUAUGAAAGGACGUCAUUGCUGUCUAAUUUGUUUUUGCCCUCACUGUCCACGACAAGAGAAUUCAGACCGAGAAAUGUUAGGGUUAACGGACUUUGAAAGUCAUUUUGAAGUACAUCGGGGUCAUACCUAUAUUUGUUUUCAUUGCCUUGAUACUUUUAAAUAUGAGAAGGAUUUGAGAAACCAUGCCGAAAUCGUUCAUCAGUUAAGCAAAAUACGUUUGGAACAAAUUCGUUGUAAUAUCAGUUAUGCGUACAAUGUAUUAAUCAACUCCGAACUUUACACAGAACGUUUUACAUUUUUAUCAGAAUUAUUGAAAUUACUUGAAAAGAAAUUAAAGGAAUUGGAAGAGAAACAUUUAAAUGAACUGCGGCAUCGGUGGCUUGUACCAAGUACAACUGAUUGGUUAGAAAAUUUCCCUUCGCACCUGUAUAGCCGUGAACUUACAAAGAAGUGCUUACAGGAGGGAUGUAAAUAUUUUGCAACAAAAGAUGAAACUCUCUUCGAUCACGUACGCAGUCAGCAUGAAAUUAUUGGCCAUUCUUUCUUAUGUAAUCAAUGUCCGUUCCAACUCGCAAAUUGUGACUCUUGGGAACCUAUAUUCGAACAUUUAAAAGAUCACUGCUUGUCUAACCUUCACAUAUGUUGCGUUUGUUCCUUCCACCAUCGUUGUCGUAGCUCGCUUAUGCGACAUAUACGACAAGAACAUGAUGCACGAGAUGCACCUUUUGUACAGAUAACGAAAAAGGGCGCAUCUGUGUUUGUUGAAUUGGCCAUAGUUUUUGCAAAUGGAGAACUUAGUUUUUCUACCAUGCGUGAUUGCUUUUGCUGUGAAGAACGCAGUAUGAAAGCAGAUGUUUUAGCAUUGCAUCUGAAGCACUAUCAUAAGUUGAGGUUAAACUAUUACUGUGAACUCUGUUAUAUACGUUU